AUGCUGAAGGUGGAUGUACAACGGAAGAUUGAAUCGCCGGCAGCAACGUGGCUGCCAUAUGCUGCGCGCGGCAACCACGAUGUGGACGAUGUGGAAACAAUUGACUCCGUAUAUCGUCAGCGUCCGAGGCGUCGACAUCGCAGACGGCUUGCGCCACGCAUCGGCAUAUCAUACAUCAAACAUCCGCAUUGCGGCACUGAACGACAACUUGAAGUCUCCUUGCAGUAUGCGUUGUCCUGGCUACCACGCGCAAAGGAAGGAAAGCGACACCUGCCCAUUGGACGCAUUGACGGUGUCCCUCCAUCCCACCAUGCAUCGCCGUCCUUCAUGUCUGAUCUCCAUGCUGUACUGCCAUGGCAGAAGUGCACCUCCUCUCCCGCAAGCCUGCUUGCCGUGACCUUCGAAUGCAAUCUACAAUGCCCCCAUACCUACACCGGCUUGGGGACAUUUGGAACCACAUCAGAAGUCGUCAGCAUGGACAAUCACCUGCACAAGCCAUUGCCGAAGCUGCCGGUGCGACAGCAUGAAUGGUUCUUGAUGGAGACAUCUCUCGCGCCAUGGAAUGUCGAUAGAGCUGCUCCGGACGUCGACGAGUAUCGAUCCACUGCAUCUGAUCGCGACGGCGCCAUAGGCCACGCACUGAGCGCGCUCGAUCUCACCAAUACCGAAGAGACCCAUAGGACUGUCGUCUGGCAACCUGCAGUCACCCAUGCAACACACGUUGUGCAGCCUUAUGAGAUUACAAGGCAGGCUGUUGACCGAGAGCUUCACGAUUACCAUUACUUUCAUCGAACUCUGCCGGUCACCGACUUUCAUAUCUUACCGUCCAGGCAUUUCGUUGAGAACGGUCGAGGUAGCUACACGGAAGUUUCUGAAGAAAACAAGCCACUGGAUGCAGAGGAUGAGACGGAGCUGCUUCGUGUGAUUGACAACUCAGUGAGCAAGGAGCGAGCUGAGAUGAUCAGAGUGAAGGCUGAACCAUCACCUAUCCCGGAAAAGGAGAAGACAAGUCCACGACUCGGCAGGGACAGUCAGGCCCGUCACUAUCUUCGCCAUCCUACCCAUGCCUCAAUCGGAGCCUCUGAGAAGUCUCCCCAGGGCCAAGUUCAUAGCGCUCCUACAUCUACUCGAACGUUCCGGCAGGCUCAAAUCCUUCCGAGCGAGGAUAGGAGAGACAGUGAACAUGUCCAGUCGACAGCCAGAACGGACAGUAGCAGAAGUAUGGUAGCGCGUCCGGGAAUUCCAGCAAUUGGUGCGCCAGUCGCAAACACAUUUCCAACUGGUCAAGAUCAGCAUGUUGCUUUGCAUCAACGAAAUGAUUCCUAUCCACGGCCGCCCGUACAUAUGGCAAGCAGAAAGACACCCUUCUUCCAAAGACAAGAAUCUGCACCUAUGACAUCCGUCGAAAGAUUUCUACGAGCAGAUCAUCGACAAAAUCGAGAGUCUGGUCUGAACAUGAGUCUCGACAAUAGCAUCAGCCUGACAGGCAGAUUCACCAGAAAUGAGCGAAGUGCGCUAGAGGCUGAUGAGAAGAGAGGACCGGCAUUGAGACCUCCUCAAACUGAACAUCAAGGAUCUGAAAGACUUUGCAAUUCAGGUCAUCGUCUGCCUUCGAAUACAACGGGACCAGAGCGUGCUGCGACCUCGGGCAUGGCAAGAAGUGCUGAGAGCGCACCGUCCCUGACUAAGCCCUCUGCGGGACAUAGUUGGACCUCGUGUUCCGCCCCGAAGCUGAUUCGAAGUCCGACAACAUCAGGAAUUAGAGCCGCUCCUACCAAUGACGUGCACCCGAUAUCAGCAGCGACAGACGUCGGCGGCAAUACAUCUAGACUGCCAAGACCAGCAACAGCGAUAACGAAAGUCCCUUCAGGCUUGCCGGAUCCAGAUUCGAGAACAUCGACCUCUACGUUCCAAAAGCCACAUGUUGCCCCCAACAACGUUCCCGUGGUAACGUCGCAAGCACACAGCACGGAAAAAUCCUUGCUGCCAGCAGCGUACGCAAGAGCUGCAGGGAGAACAGCCUACCCAUCUUCUCGCGCAACCGCUGCCAGAAUCACCUCCCAGCCAACACGGACUUCCCAAGGCAUGUAUCUAAACUACAGCAACUUUCACGUCUGCUUGAGGAUCAAGAAACUUGGAAAGACUGCUUCUCAACUGUAA